ACGAGAGGCAAUGCUUGUGAAGAAGUCUUUGCUCCUGCUGGUAGCUCUGUACGUGACGUGCCAUGCCGAGCUACCCGGUCCGUGUGCUGGAGUUCCAGGUAUCCCUGGGACGCCUGGUCUGAUGGGAGCCCCCGGAAGAGACGGACGAGACGGCGUCAAAGGAGAUCCUGGACUGCCGGGCCCACAGGGUCCACCAGGGGGCAACCAAGGACCACCAGGCAGGGAUGGACUUCCAGGACCUAUUGGUGCACCAGGAAUACAGGGCCCCAUGGGGCAAAAGGGAGACAUUGGACCUCCAGGUACACCAGCAUUGUUGGACAAGCAACUGCUCCUUCGCCUGUCACAGAUAGAUCGCCGUAUAUCCAGACUGGAAGGAGUUCUUAUGAUGGAAGGAAAAAUUAAAGCAGCCGGAAAAAAGAUACUCGCGACCAACGGAAAGGAGGUGGAUUUCGAGGCCUCUAAAAACACGUGUCAAGCAGUCGGCGGAAAACUUGCCACUCCUAUGAACGACGAGGAGAACAACGCCAUCUUGGGUAUCGUGAAAGAGCACAACAGAUACGCGUAUUUGGGAAUCAGGGAGGGAGAAAUACCCGGGGUUUUCCAUUACCUAGACGGGCUUCCGGUUAACUACACCCAUUGGAGAAAGAGCGAACCCAGUGGUAAAGGGAAAGAAAACUGCGUUGAAAUGUAUACCGAUGGGACCUGGAAUGACAAGACAUGCAACCAAUAUCGUCUCACCAUUUGUGAGUUCUAAAGUCCUAAAAAUAUAUUGUUCAAUAUUGUACAUUUUGACCUCCAUUAUUGUUUAUUUAAAGGAGAACAUCAAGUCCGGCUCUUCCCAACAAGUCGGCCAAACGUAUCUUGAAUAAAAAAAUACAUUUCUGUUCUUAAUGUUCUUCAUGCAGAGAAGAUUUUGAGAUGAAAAUCUGUUUCUAUCACAAAAAUGUAUUCAAUACUGAAUUUUUUUUUUCCUGCCUGUAAAGAACGAAAUAAAAUUUCAUGAA